UUCUCUCUUGCCGUCUACGAGCCUAUCGCCUCUCUCUUUCAGCGAUGCGUAUUUCUCUUUCUUUAUGUUAGCUUCUAUUUAUUUCCUCAUAAAUAUUUCUCUUUCUUCCAGCUCACUCUGGAGCGAGAAAUAUCCUUCGGGUUUCCUCCUUAUUUUGUCUACUUUCUAUUAUAUCUCUCCUCCAAUUCACUCUCUCUCUCCUCCUUAUACUUCUGACCUAAUUCUGCAUUUGCAAACGCCAGGCUCAUACCAUAACCGGAAAAUCUUCCACGACUCUCCCCCUGUAACUUUUGCCCUACCGUUUUCACCCGGAAAUUUGAGAUUUUCCGGCAGUCUCUCCAGAAAAAUGGAGUACUACUCCUCGUGCCCUGAUUCGACCAAUUCAUCCCCUAGAUCUAGAGAGAUAGACUGCGAAAACCAGGGGUGGGAAGAACCAGCAAGCUACAAGGUCAAGUUCAUGUGCAGCUAUGGUGGAAAGAUCCAUCCUCGACCACACGAUAACCAGCUAACCUAUGUCGGUGGAGACACGAAGAUCCUCGCCAUUGAUCGGAACAUCAAGUUCGCUGCCAUGAUGGCCAAGCUAGCAACCCUGUGGGACACAGAGGUUUCUUUCAAGUACCAGCUCCCAGGUGAGGAUCUCGAUGCCCUAAUCUCUGUAACAAACGAUGAGGAUCUUGAGCACAUGAUGGCUGAGUACGAUCGCCUCUAUAGAAGCUCCAACAGGCCUGCUCGUUUGAGGUUGUUCCUUUUUCCGGCCAUUUCUCCUGCAACGACGGCCGGAAUGGCUGCCGGAGAUCAGCAACCCGAGCAGCAAUGGUUCGUUGAUGCUCUGAAUUCAGGCCGUGUUCAGCCUUCGAAGCUGGAAUCUUCACCUGGAAACCCUGACUUCCUCUUUGGCCUUGAAAAGAGCUCUGCAAAUUUAUCUAGUGCCACAAAUGAAUCUCCUUUAUCGAACCAGAGCUCGAUCGAGACCAGAGAGUCCUUUGCAGAGUCUAGAAAAGACGAGAAUCAGAACCAGAGCCAGAUUCCAGAGCAACUAGUCCUUCAAAAUCCUAACCCUAACCAAGUCGAUAUUCAACGGCAGAUCCUUGAAUUUCAAAGGUUCCAGCUUCAAGAACAACAGCAACAACAACAACAACAACAAUCAGCGAUAUAUCAGCGAAGACAGCAAGAAGAAACGCUAGCGAGUGCCGGAAACUUUCCGGCAAGGAUUCCGGCGGCCUCCGCCGACUUUUACAUGCAGAAACCGCCGGAAAAGGCCCGUUACGAGCAGGUACCGGCGGGGCCGCCCAUGACGGGCUAUUGGCCUGUUCCUGAGAGACAUCUGGCGGCUGCAAACGAGACGCCGGUUUAUCUGGUUCCCUCCGGUUUUUCAGCAGGAUCACGGCCGGUUCCGACUCAGACCGGUCAGCUGGGGCAGGGAUACUACACGAUGCCUAGGGUUAUGGCUACGACAGGAGGGUACGUCACAGAGCCGUAUAGGGAACCGUAUAAAGAUACCGUUGUGUAUGGUUCAGGGCCAAAGGGGGUUGUGUAUGGUGAAGGGGCUGGGAGGGCGAGCACGGACGCAGCGACUGUGUAUCAUCAGCAGGUGGCGUAUGAUAGUACUGGGAGGGCGGUGUAUUACACGGCACCGGCGCCGGCGCCGGCGCCGGCGCCGUCACCGGCUCCGGCUGUCCCUACGUAUACAAAUCUGACGUCUGGUCCGAGCGUGGAGGUGCCCAAGGUAGCUAAGACUUCCCCCCAGUCCCCUUCUUGACAUGGUUUUCACACACACAAUCUCUCUCUAGCUUCUCUCUCUAUAUCACUCUCUCUAGCUUCUCUCUCUGUAUCACUCCUCUCUUUCUCUCUCUGUCACUUUAAGCUCGGUCUAUUGUAGAUAUGUAAUUAAUGGAUUACUGUUUGCGUGAUAUAUAUACAUAACAUGCGGCCAAUAUAUGUGGAUACAUAGAUGGCGGGAUACUGCUUCUCGAAUUAAAUUUUACUUUUAGAUGGUUUGGUUA